AUGAACCCCUUAUGGCGCGCUGAAGCACAGCCGAGCUGUAAACACAUCUGGAAUACGACCGCAGACAGGUACUUACACUGCAGCGGCAAUCCCCUGAAACAGGCUCAGUGCCUGCUCCACCUGAGCACGCCUUACCAGCGCUUCCCACAACUGAGAUCAACACUGGAGGAGUGCCCAGAGAGGCCAUCUUCAAACGCCAACUCCACUAAAUGCAGCCCGCACCUGGACACUGUGGCACCGAGCUCAUACCCACCUAAUGACCGGACAGUUCUGCCUAUUGCUGAUGACAACACAGUAUGCUAA